AUGAAAACUCCUCUGCCCUUCCUCAUUUUUCAUCCUUUCGCAAAUAUGCGCUUGGCAUGGGAUAUCAUAAUCAUGCUGCUCCUGGUAUGGAAUAUGAUCGUUAUUCCUUUGCGGAUAGCGUUCGAGAAUGCCUCAAGCUGUGAGUCAAGUUUCUUGAAGCAGGACACAAUCUUUUACGUGGACUUUGCGAUGGACCUUAUCUUCAUGAUUGAUGUCCCGGUUACCUUUCGAACAGCGUUCCUAGACAAAAAGCCGGACACCGGCGAGGUGGAGCUUGUGACGAAUUGGAUGGCAAUUGCUCGGAGAUACGCUAAGGGUGUCUUGUUUAUUGACAUUGUCUCUUCGAUUCCUUUCGAUUUGAUCCUCCUCUCGUUCUGUGACGGUCAGGGUAACAUUGGUCCGAACGGUGUCUUCCGCAGCCCAAAGAUGCUGAAGCUCAUUCGCCUUGUUCGUCUGAUCAAAGAUCGCCUGUCCAUCAACCCCGGCCUCCUAAGAUUGUUGCAGUUCAUAGCACUCAUGCUUAUCAUCUUGCAUUAUAAUGCAUGCGUCGCUUUCUUCCUGGGUGAAAUCUUUCUCGAUCAAUCCACACAAUCGUGGACGGUCGACAAGGAGCUGUAUGCAGUAAUGUGGCAGCAAUAUGUAGUCUCGUUCUACUGGACAAUCACCACAUUGACAACUGUGGGGUGGGGUGACAUCACUCCCAAGACAACCCCGGAAGUUGUCUUCACCAUUCUCGUGCUGAUCGAAGGAGGAGCAGCUUUCAGUUAUAUGGUGGGAAACAUGGCCACCCUGAUCAACAAGAUCAACCCGAGACAGUUGAGGUACAAGGAGUCUAUGGCAGUGUGGGAGGACUUCAUGCACCGAGAAAACCUCCCGACUUACCUGCGGCAGAAAAUCCGAGCUUACAAGAACUACAAGUACACCAAGCCUCUCGCCAGCUUGCCGGAGUUUGCCAAGGAGGAGCUCUCGAGGACGAUGCUGAGAGAGAUUGUCUCAGCGGUCUACAGUGAGCACUUGAAGAGCUUCAAGAUGUUCAAGGGCCUCCCUGAGCAGUCCCUAAUGGAGCUCGCCCUCGUCCUGAAGCCCAUACAGGUCUCUCCAGGUGAAGUGCUGUACAGGGAAGGGCAGCUGGGAAACUGCAUGUAUUUCUUACACUCAGGAGAGGUGGAACUCAAUAUGUUCGCGAGCACGUGCUUCGGAGAGAACUGCUUAACAAGCGACGCGAGGCUGUCGACUGCAAUUACGCGCACGUGGUGCGUGCUCUUCAUCCUAGAAAGAGACAAGUUGUAUCAGAUCCAGAAGCGCGACCCGGACCUGGAGGUCGUCCUGCGAAGGAUGAAGCGAGCCAAGGCGUCGAGGCUGAUGAAGUACGUGAGGAGAGUGAUCCAGGGAGCCCGAGCGAGCGCCCUCAAUAACGGGAUCGUGCUGCUGGAGGUGCUCGAGGCCUCGGAGCUCCCGAAGAUGGACGCCUUCUUCGGGAAGGUCGAUGCCUACUGCAAGAUCUGGUUGGGCUCCCGGCAGGAGGCGAGCAAACGCGUCUUCCAGACUUCAGUGGUUUACAGCUCGUUCGACCCUAAGUGGAACGAAACCUUCCUCUUCCCCAUGUACGAGUCGUCAAUGCAAAUCAGCAUCACUGUGUGGGAUCACGACCUGGUUGGGGAUGAUGAGGUGGUGGGAAGGUGA